AUGUCCUCAAAUCCCUCUGAUGACGACAAAUCUGAAGUCCUCCUCUCCUGUAGAUACGGCGAUCUGGAGGAUGUUCAGGAUUAUGUGAACAAGUUUGGAGCCCCGUCGCUGACCGAUGUUCGAGAUGAAAACAAAAACACUAUUUUGCAUAUGAUAUGUGCAAACGGGCAUCUUGACCUCUUGAGUUACCUUCUCCCUCUUGUUUCAUCCGAAUUGCUGUCGGCCCAAAAUGUUUCGGGCUCAACGCCUCUGCACUGGGCGGCCCUCAACACCCAUCUCGAUAUUGCAAAAAAACUUGUCCUAUUCGAUGGUGGUCCUGGGCGCGAUCUCAUUGAUAUAAAAAACAACGCCGGACUAUCACCUCUGGGCGAAGCUGAAAUCGCGGGUUGGGAUGAAGGUGCUAAGUGGUUCGUUGAAGUUAUGAACCUUGAAUCAGAAGGAUCAAAAGAGGAAGAGGAGGCUACACUCGACACUGAGGAUAGGUCCAACCGCGAGAUAGAGGUGGAAAUUGAGGACGCCGACGGCCAGAUCGCCAAAAUGACGAUUUCGGGGUCAACACCCAACGCCGCGUCUGAAGCUUCCGUGUCAUGA